GGAAGAGGGGGAGAGGGGAAGAAAGGCAAAAAUCAAAAAUGAGCUGCAAUGGUUGUAGGGUGCUGCGAAGAGGGUGCGGUGUGAACUGCAUCCUUAGGUCGUGUUUGGAGGAGAUUGAUAACGCUCAAGCUCAGGCCAAUGCCACUCUUUUCGUCUCCAAAUUUUUUGGCCGGAGCGACCUCAUGUCCUUCAUCUCCUCCGUUCCCAACACCAGACGACCCGCUUUGUUUAAGUCGUUGCUGUAUGAAGCAUGUGGGCGGACGGUGAAUCCAGUGAGCGGCGCGGUUGGGCUACUGUCAACCGGGAACUGGCACGUGUGCGUCCAAGCCGUGGAGACAGUGCUCGCCGGCGGCGCGCUGCAGCCGAUCGCCACCGAGUUUCUGAGCCCUCCAAGCUUCGACGAUGCAUCCAGAAUCUUCCACGAGGGCGCCUGGAAGAUCCCGGAAGUCUCGGUCGUGACGCAGUCCCAGCCGUCCGAUCCCCUCAACCAUCAAAUGCCGGCGGGGAACAAGAAGAAGAAGCGCGUGUCGUCGGCCGCGUUCGGGUCGGAGACGGAGACGGAGACGUCGUCGGAGGUGUACGGGUGUUACGAGAGCGGGUGCCGGAGCGUGAGAGACGCCGUAGGUGGGAAAGAGCCAAAGCUUCUCAACCUUUUUGUUUAAUCAAAUAAUAAAAGGAAUCAGUUUUGGUUUUCGGAGUCUAAUUCUGUGGACUCAGUGAGUCGGAAUCGACAGUUAUAUGAUCUGAGUUCCAUGUUCUCUAACUAUGAGCGCCGCCGUCUUGUUCUUGUUCUUCAAUAAAUUAAAAAAACAUAAUUAAUUUUGUCA